AAACAAUGUAACAUGGACACCAAAAUAAAGCCGCCUUUAACGGUGACGGUAACGGUAACGGCGUUUGAGUGCUCUUGACAAUACAUGAAAAUUUAGUAAUAGAGUUAAGAAAUGAAAUUAAUAGAGUUUGGAGUGAGACAAAGAGAGAAGAGAAGAUUAGAGAGAGGAGAGGAAGGGUCAAAGAAUACAUAGCAUCACCACUAGUCAACGCUUUUAUAAAACUUCUUCUUCGUCUCCUCUCCUUCUCACAUCUCUCUCUGUCUUUCUCUCUCAAACCUAACAAAAGCUUCAGACUUCAAUUCUUUAGCUACCUCUCUCCCAUGGCAGUAAGUGUUUUCUUUCCUUCUUUCCUUCUCCUCUUCUUCUUAUUUAGGUCUAGAGCUUUCUCUCAGAUUAUAGUUUUUGUUUCGAUUCCGUCAAUCUCUGACCCUUUUUUUGGAGGAUUUGUAGAAAGUUGAGUCUUAAUCUAUUUGCAUUUAUGGUUCUUCCUAUUGAGAUAACAUUUCUAUGGAUUGCGAUGUCUAUUAGUAUUCAACUUUAUGAUUCUGAUUUGCUUUAGAUAAGAAAAGGGUUUUAUGAAAGUUACUAUUUUUAUGGUAAAGUUUCUAUUUUUGCUUAGCAAAGAUUUCAACUUUAUCAUUGUACUUGGUCGAAAUCGAUAAACCCAAUUUGUAUUUGUUCUGUUUUGGAUUCUUAAGUGAAUUUGCUAUCUUGUUUCUGUGAUGAUUGUUCUUUAGGAUGUUAUGUUAUUGAAUGUUUUGUGGAAGGACAUUGUUGUUGAAUUGUUUGUUGCAACAGCGUUCGAAUGUACCAAAAUUUGGAAACUGGGAAGCUGAGGAGAAUGUUCCUUACACAGCUUACUUUGACAAAGCUCGUAAGACUCGAGCACCCGGUAGCAAGAUCAUGAACCCGAAUGACCCGGAGUAUAACUCUGACUCUCAAUCACAAGCUCCUCCUCAUCCUCCUUCUUCCAGAACCAAACCUGAGCAAGUUGACACGGUUAGAAGAUCACGUGAGCAUAUGAGAAGCCGAGAAGAGAGCGAGUUGAAACAGUUUGGUGAUGCUGGUGGUUCAUCAAAUGAAGCUGCUAACAAAAGACAAGGAAGAGCUUCUCAGAACAAUAGUUAUGACAACAAGUCACCUUUGCAUAAGAAUUCUUAUGAUGGUACUGGAAAAUCUAGGCCUAAACCUACCAACCUUAGAGCUGAUGAAAGUCCUGAAAAAGUCACAGUGGUGCCUAAAUUCGGUGACUGGGACGAGAACAACCCGUCAUCAGCUGACGGAUACACGCAUAUCUUCAAUAAAGUCCGUGAAGAGAGAAGUUCUGGAGCAAAUGUGAGUGGAUCUUCAAGAACGCCGACUCAUCAAAGCUCCCGUAACCCGAACAACACUUCCUCAUGUUGCUGCUUUGGCUUUGGAGGAAAAUGAAAGGGACCGGAAGAUUGUAUAUAGUUAUCGAGAAAUCAGUGUGUAAUCUUGAUGAUUAGACAUUCGUGCUUCUUUAGAUGAAAUAAGGCAUAAGUCUCACUUGCAUAAGAUUUUUAUAGUAUAAUUUUUGUAUGUAUAUUUUGCAAUUCUUCCUUAAUACUUUUGGUGUUUUCAUAAGACACAUUCCAGUUUCGGAUCUGCUUGCAGAUGCAUUAUAUCUUGCUUGGUACGGCCUGAGUGAUUUGGUAACUGAUUUGAUAUGAAUCAGAGAUAUUUGGGUACCUCCAAGUUUGUUGUUUCUAAUGUUCAAAGCCUUAACUCUGCACCACUAUAAAGAAAGA